UACUACCCGCUGCUCCUACCGCCUGCUCUGUAAUCACUUUCAUUGUUAGGCAUUUUCUAUUGUACAGGCAUUUACUCCUAUCUCAUUUUUCACUAGCCAGUUGAUGAACUAACAUUAUUGUUUUUGCUAUAAAUUCCAUUUCCAUUAUCACACUGUCCCUAAAGCACAUGCCCCCCUUCCUUGUUCCACGAGAUAGCAAACCAAAAUGUCAAAGCAGCUCCUACUCUUCUUCUUCAUCCUUUUUUCUUUAGCUCUUCCAAUUUUCGGCCAAAUUACUCCUCCUUCACAAUCACCUUCCAUCGCAUGCAAAUCCUCACUUUACCCAAAACUCUGCCGAUCCCUUCUCUCUGCAUUUCAGCAUUCUCCUUCUAACCCAAAUGACUACAGCAAGUUCUCUGUGAAGCAAUGCCAGAAAAAUGCCGGCAAAUUAUCCAACUUAAUCGCACAUUUUCUUACAACCCAGAAAGGGAGAGCACUAUUUGUUAACACCAAAGAGAUUAGUGCUUUAAAUGACUGUCACCAGCUCUCUGAACUCACGGUCGAUUACUUGGAGUCAAUCUCCGCCGAGCUGAAAGCAGCUGACGGGGCCACUACUUCCGAUGCUUUAGUUGGAAAGAUUCAGACAUUGCUGAGUGCGGUGGUGACGAAUCAGCAGACGUGUUAUGAGGGACUGAAAGAAGCAGGCAGUAGCAUGGUGGCGGAAUUGCUGGCGCCGCUGAGCAACGCGGCGGAAAUCUACAGCGUGUCUCUUGGGUUGGUGGCGCAUGCAUUGGGACGCGUAAGGAAACCCAGAAAAACUGGUGGAUUGUUGGCUGAGCACAGAGGAUUGAUGGAGGAAGAGUACUGGGCACGAGAUUCAAGAUUGAUGGCUUCCAAGGUUAAACAAGCAUCGGAGAGGUCUUAUCAAAGAGGUGGAAGGAUUCUUGACGAGUUGGUAGAAAAUGGCGUUCACAUUAAUCAAACAGUAACAGUUAGUCCUUAUGGUGGCUGCAACUUUACAUCAAUAGGAGAAGCCAUUGCAUUUGCGCCUAAUAACUCAAAGAUUGAAGAUGGAUAUUUUCUCAUAUACGCGAAGCAAGGAUACUACGAGGAGUAUGUUGUCGUGGCCAAGAACAAGAAAAAUAUUAUGUUGAUUGGAGAAGGAGUUGAUCUCACUGUGAUUGCUGGUAAUCGAAGUGUCAUAGAUGGCUGGACAACCUAUAAUUCAGCAACCUUUGCCGUGUCAGGGGAGCGGUUUGUAGCCAUAAACAUAACAUUCAAGAACCUAGCUGGUCCUUGGAAGCACCAAGCUGUAGCUCUAAGGAACAAUGCGGACCUUUCCACAUUCUACAGAUGUCGUUUUGAGGGCUAUCAAGAUACUUUGUACACGCACUCUUUAAGACAAUUCUACAGAGAAUGUGAUAUCUAUGGUACAGUUGACUUCAUCUUUGGCAAUGCAGCUGCAAUAUUCCAAAACUGCAAUAUGUUUGCUAGGAAACCAAUGCCAGACCAGAAGAAUAUCUUCACAGCACAAGGCCGAAGUGAUCCCAACCAGAACACUGGCAUUUCUAUCCAGAACUGCACCAUUCAAGCUGCCCCGGAUUUGGCUCAGGAGAUGAAUCUCACAUUGAGUUUUCUUGGACGGCCAUGGCACAAUUACUCUAGGACUGUUAUCAUGCAGUCUUAUAUAGGAGAUGUGAUCGCGCCUGUUGGAUGGUUAGAGUGGAAUGGAACGAAUGGACUCGACACCCUUUACUAUGGGGAGUUUGAGAAUUAUGGACCAGGGGCUAAUACAACAACAAGAGUACAAUGGCCUGGUUAUAACUUAAUGAAUGCUACACAAGCAAUGAACUUUACUGUCUAUAAUUUUACUAUGGGAGAUACUUGGUUGCCAUUUACAAAUGUUCCUUUCUCUCAAGGCCUGUAGUUGGAAUUCCUGUAUAAAUCAGAUAGCUUUAUGUACCUUUGUUCCCAUUCUUUUCAUCAAUUUUAUUCUUUAACUUAAUGCUUAGAUGAAAUUUCACACAGAGUUUCACUGAAUACUAAUGCUCUUGUUGGUGUGGUAAAAGGAAUAUAUGUAACUUUUUCA